CGUCACUUGAGUCACUGGGUAUUACUCGAUGAUAAGAGCUAGCGCUCAUGAGUCGUACGUUAACACACAACGUACGCCAGCCUCAUAUAGCUAAUCUGUGAUGAAGCUUCUGAGCUCGGCCGCAUGUUCACCCGGUCACUCAGACUCUCGUGGCACUCUUACAUAGGCUCAUCGAUAAUAUAAAGAACUGGGAGUUCGAUUCUUAAUCUGCAACCAACCAUGUCUUCUUUCACUUAUCAGUUUGACACACCGACCUACAAGGGCAUCUCGACGGUCCCCACUGGCCUAUUUAUCAAUGGAAAGUUUGUUGAACCCGUAGAGAAGGGCACGAUCGACGUCCUGAAUCCGGCCAAUGGAAAGGUCAUAACCUCGGUCGCCGCUGGUACUGCUGCGGAUAUCGACAUUGCCGCUCAGGCUGCAAAGAAGGCUUACAAAGAGCGCUGGGGCUUGAAGGUCCCUGGUGCGCAAAGGGGCAGAAUGCUCAACAUACUUGCAGACCUCCUCCAAGCCAACGCUGACGAAUUCUGUGCCUUGGAGGCUUUGGACGUAGGUAAAUCCUUCAACAGCGCCCGGAGGGCUGAUAUCCCCGGAUCUAUCGCUGUCCUGAGGUACUAUGCAGGAUGGGCGGACAAGAUUCAAGGGAAAACCAUCGAGACGAACGACAAGAAGCUGGCUUACACCCGUCACGAGCCCAUUGGAGUUGUGGGCGCGAUCAUUCCUUGGAACUUCCCUCUCACAAUGCUAGCGUGGAAGAUCGGCCCAGCUCUGGCAGCGGGCAACGCUGUCAUCCUGAAACCCUCUGAGCUGACACCAUUGACUGCGCUUCGUCUCUGUCCUUUGUUUGUUGAAGCGGGCUUCCCUGCUGGUGUCAUCAAUAUUGUCAACGGAUACGGUAGUACCGCGGGUCAAGCCCUCAGUGAACACAUGACAGUCGACAAGAUAGCCUUUACAGGGAGCACACUGACUGGGCGCAAGAUCAUGGAAGCCGCUUCUAAGACCAAUUUAAAAAAGGUCACUCUCGAGCUUGGAGGCAAGAGCCCUAGUGUCAUAUUCGACGAUGUAGACCUGGAGCAGACCGUGAAGUGGGUUUCACACGGAAUAUUCAUGAAUCAUGGACAAGCGUGUACCGCAGGUUCCCGCAUAUUCGUUCAAGCAGGAAUAUACGACAAAUUUUUGAAGGCGUUCACCAAACAUGCCCUGUCUUUGAAAGUUGGCGAUCCAUUUGCACGAGACACUUACCAAGGUCCACAAAUUUCGCAGACGCAAUUUGAGCGGAUCAUGGGAUACAUCAAGUCUGGUAAAGAGGACGGCGCAACCGUUCAUAUCGGUGGAGGACGUCAUGGGAACGAGGGCUACUUUAUUCAACCAACCAUUUUCACGGAGUGCAAGCCAAAUAUGAAGAUCGUGCAGGAAGAGAUAUUCGGUCCCGUGGCUGCGGUCAUUAAAUUCACCACAGAAGAGGAGGCCAUUGAGCAAGCGAAUGAUACUCUGUACGGCCUUGCUUGUUCUGUCUUCACCAGGGACAUAGACAGGGCGAUUCGAGUCGCGCAUAGUAUCGAAGCUGGUACCGCAUGGAUCAAUUGUCACAACUCCACCGAAUUGAGCGUUCCGUUUGGUGGUUUCAAACAGUCAGGCAUUGGGCGUGAGCUUGGCGAAUAUGCCUUGGAAAACUAUACAAACGUGAAGGCUGUUCAUGUUAACAUCGGACACCGUCUUUGAAAAAACAGACAUUCGCCGUGCUUUGUAUCAAUAUUAUCUACGUGGUGUCUGUUAAGAAAACGGAGUACCGGAAAGCGAACUUAAAACAACGCAAUGUAUCUAUGUUGUCAUUUCUAAAGUAGCACCACCAUUAUCCCUCUUUAAAUCUGUGGACUACGGCAAUAUUAACCACAGUACCAUACCACUCUUCGAUUUCUGCCUUUUAGCAAGGCAAAGCGCUUGAGCUGCCUCAGGCCUCAGGGGCGUUCAUUCCAUUUUGGGGAAUGUGACGUACUAACGUAGCGUUACAGUCGGGUCG